UUUUUCCCCAAGUGAAAAGAUUGGGCGUCCUUUAUUCUUGAGAACGAAAGCUGUCUGAAUAACGCCAAAUCGUAUACGAUUGAAAAAGUUUCGUUUCUAGAGAGAGAGAGAGAUAGAAGAGCAAGAAGAGGAAAGAGAGAGUGAAGGACCACGUAAACGAAUACAGUCCAUGUAUGUAAUGAAGGAUUCUUGGGAGAACACGAUACAACUACUUCAGUUCGCCUUUAUACCCUUCUUCACCUGCAAAUAAGUUUCUUCAGUUCAGUACUAGUACUUCUUCUUUUACAGCUCUCUUAGUUUUUCUUGCUUACAAUGUCCGGCGACGCUUCUGCUUCUGUUUCUGUUUCUUCUUCUGGGUUUUGUUUAGAGGGGCUUGAUGAUGUUCAAGAUUAUCCAUGGGCGAAUGAAGGAGAGCCAUCUAUGUCGUGGGAUAGGUAUAGUCAUCUAUACGAUAUUGUGCAAACGGGCAACAAAGCAUACCGUGAGAACAGAUGGGACGAGGCUAUCAAUUGUUACACAAGAGCUAACAACACUAGGCCAAAUGACCCUAUCAUUCUUAGCAACAGAUGCGCUUCGUACCUCAGGUUUAGCCAAUUUCUGAAAAGUAGAACUGCAUCAGAUUCAGAAUACAGGCCAUUGAGUGGGUUGGAUCCUACAACGCUUGCUGGGCUUGCGUUAAAGGAUGCUGAGAAGGUGAUGCAUCCACAGAACAAUUCAGUAAACUCAUAUAUUCUGAAGGCAAACUCACUCAUUUUGUUAGAAAAAAAUGAGCUAGCCCAAGAUGUAAUCCGUUCAGGCCUUCAAGUGAAUCCUUUAAGCAAUCCCCUUCUAAAUUUGGAGAAAUGGAUCAAAGCUACACUUGGAACGAGAAUCCACGGGAGACCACAGCGCAGUGAUGAUUUUGACUGUACUCUGUGCUUAAAGCUAUUAUAUGAACCUAUAACAACUCCUUGCGGACAUUCUUUUUGCCGUGCAUGCCUCUUCCAAUCAAUGGACCGAUAUAACAGAUGCCCAUUGUGCCGAACAGUUCUUUUCAUUAGUCCCAGAACAUGUGCAAUCAGUGUAACAUUGAAUAACAUAAUAGAAAAGACUUUUCCUGAGGAAUAUGUUGAAAGGAAGGCUGAGAAUGACAGUCUGAUAAACCUUGGUGUUGACUUGCUGCCUCUUUUUGUCAUGGACGUUAUUCUACCAUGCGAGAAGCUUGCACUUAACAUUUUUGAACCUCGUUACAGACUUAUGGUUAGGAGGAUAAUGGAAGGAAAUCGUCGAAUGGGAAUGGCUGUUGUUGAUCCUACGACUGGUUCGAUAGCUGAUUGUGCUUGUGAAGUGGAGAUUAUAGAAUGUGAGCCACUUCCAGACGGGCGUUUCUAUCUGGAGGUUGAAAGUCGACGUAGAUGUCGCAUCGUACGAUAUUGGGAUCAAGACGGGUAUCGUGUUGCUGAGGUUGAAUGGAUACAGGAUAUAUGCCCAGCCGAAGGAACAAGAGAGAGGCAUGAAUUACUGGAGAUGGCAAAUAAGGCGGCAGCAUUUGCUCAACAGUGGUUGAGGAACGCACAAGAAGUGGCAGGAGAUCGUAGACGUGCAGAACUCUUCAAAGCAGAAGGAUUGAUGCCAUCGCCGCAGGAUCCUGAGCGUUUAAGUUUUUGGCUUACAACUCUGACCAGUCGUAGACCAACAGAGAAAUUAGACCUGCUUCAGAUCAGAGAUACACAUGAGAGGAUAAGGCGAGGACUCCUAUACAUGAAAGCAGAAGAACAAGGAUGCCGACUGCAAUAAUAUUUGGUGAAAGGAGGAGGACAAGGCUGCCGGCUGCAAUGAAUUUUUGGUCGAUAUGUAAUUAAUUCAAUUAUUUGUAAUAUAUGAUUGAUUGUUGUGUAAAGCUCAUAUAUAUAGGCUUAUUUAAUUUCAACAUUUUUUGAUUCUCAACCCAACUCUCCUCUUUCAGAGAGAUGUAUUGUUGACUUCAACUAUUCUUUAUUGUAAAGACCUGGACUGUUAUUGACUUAGGUUGUUCUUUUGUUGUGAUUUGUGAAACGACGAAUUUUCACCUCA